AUACUGUAAUAAGGGGCCAAGCAUUGAACCAAUCGCAAAUCAGAUUGACAAAGAUCGUAAGUGGGGACGGUCAAAGAAAAGGACGGGAUCAAGUCAUCGGGCUCUCGAUUACAUCUAUUCUGAUCCAUUCGAAUAUUAGACGUUACAGUGACAACAUGGCUGAUUAUAAACUUGGAAAACUUAUCAACGAAGGAAAAACAAAGAAGGUUUAUGAACUUCUAAAUGAUCCUACAUUAUGUUUGUUGGAAAGUAAGGAUCGUAUUACUGCUGGCGACGGUGCCAAAUCUCAUGAUUUGGAGGGAAAAGCAACAAUUAGCACAUCUACCACCAUAAAGGUUUUCAAACUGCUUAAUGAAGCUGGUGUUAAGACAGCUUAUGUUAAACCUGCAGGUCCGAAAUGUUUCAUAGCGAAAAAAUGUGACAUGAUACCAAUUGAAUGGGUUACCAGAAGACAAGCAACUGGUAGCUUUCUAAAAAGACAUCCAGGAGUUCCAGAGGGUUAUAGGUUCAAUCCACCUCUGCAGGAAACAUUCUUUAAAGAUGACGCUAAUCAUGAUCCACAGUGGUCCGAUGAACAAAUUGUUUCUGCAGGUUUUGAAUUGGGUGGCAUAAAAAUAACAAAAGAUGAAGUGGACAUUAUGAAACGCAUCACUCUUGUCGUUUUUGAGAUUCUUGAGCGAGCCUGGACUGUGCGUAAUAGCGCUUUGAUAGAUAUGAAGAUAGAAUUUGGCAUAGAUUCAAAUGGAGAAAUUUUAGUUGCUGAUAUUAUUGAUAGUGAUUCCUGGAGACUUUGGCCUUCUGGAGAUAAGAAACUGAUGAAAGAUAAGCAGGUGUACAGGGAUUUAUCCAAUGUAACACAACAGAAUUUAGAGACAGUAAAGCGUAAUUUUAAAUGGGUAGAAGAACAGCUGGAUCAUAUUAUUGAAGCACCUAGUCCAUUAGUUGUUAUAUUUAUGGGCUCUCCCUCUGAUGAACUAUAUUGCCAAGAGAUUGCAAAACAUGCUACAGCAUUGGGUCUGAAGCCACAACUCCGAAUCUGUAGUGCUCAUAAGGGUACUUUAGAAACUUUAAAUGUUCUCGCUGAAUAUGAAGGCAGUGGAGAAAAUGUAGUGUUGAUAGCCGUAGCCGGUCGAAGCAAUGGCUUGGGUCCAGUGCUCUCCGGCAAUACCGUCUUGCCGGUCAUAAAUUGCCCGCCUCUGAGAUCAGAUAAUAUCGAACGAAGCGUGUGGUCUUCGCUUGAUGUUCCAUCAGGACUUGGUUGUACCACAGUCGUAUAUCCGGAAGCUGCUGCGCUUGCUGCAGCGCAGAUCCAUGCAAUGCACAAUCAUUUGGUUUGGUCUCGUUUGCGAGCAAAACAACUCGCUAACUUCUUAAGUUUGAAACGAUCCGAUAGUAAAUUACGAAAAUCAUAAUUAAUUCUCUGCUUGAAACAGCAAAUCUAACAUAUCCAGUAAGUUACACAAGUUUUUCAAUGUAAUAUUCCAACAAUUUAAUAAGAAUGACAUCAUUUAUAUCAUAUUGUUAGGAAGCUAUCACAACAUUCUUUCUUGUUCUUCCAAGAGUCUUGUAAACACUUGCACAAUGUAAUUGUGAGAAGAACUGAUAUGCUCUUUGAUAUCUAUUUGCAAUAUUUGAAUUUUUGUUAGAUCAUUUUAUAUACUCUUGAGUUAUUUUAUAUAAUGUAAUCAUUUUCGAUUUUUUUGCUUUAUAAUAUAUACAAUCUAUUAUUAUGUUUCAUAGAGAUCUAUAGAUCUAUAGAUUUUUGUUGUGUUAAAAAUAUUAAUAUUAAUAUUUCAUAUAUGAUUAUAUUAUAGAUUGCAAGUUAAGCAACUGUGAAUUUUAUUGUAUCAAUGCUUGUGUUAGCUCUUUUCAUAUACACUUUAUUGUUAUUGAUUCUGAUAAUUCUUUACUGGUUUCAAUUAUGUAAUAUUCAUCUAUUUCCACUUGAAAAAAUUUUCGAGUAAUGUGAAACUGUUAUGUAAAUACAUCACUAAUAUGUUACAAAUAUCUAUAUAAAUAUAAAAGAGAUACUACGUCUGAUUGAAAAAUCGUAAAUAAUUUCUAUAUACAUAUAUAUAUAUAUAUAUAUAUAUAUAUAUAUAUAUAUAUAUAUAUAUAUAUAUAUAUAUACACAUUUACAUAUAAAAAUAUCCAUAUUUUGACACAUAUUAGCUUCUCUAACGUUAUUUAUGAGAUAAAUAGAUAUUUUACGAUUAAAUAAAAAAGGAAUUUAAGAAAUUUGGAAAAUUGAAUUUAUUUCAACUUGGAUAUAUCCACGUAUAAAAAAAAAAAUUAUAUAAGGUUGCAAUUUUUCAUGUACACAAUUAAUAUGUAAAUAUCACAUUUAUACUUAUAUUUUUUAUAUACAUGUGAAUAAAAAAACACCUUACUGCAUGUAUAUUGGAUAUUUCAAUUGUCAGCAUUAAAAUUCUUGAUUUUGA